AUGUCUCCUGUCAUGAUUAUGCGACCACCGUCAGUACAGACUUCGUCGACCACCUCCCACGAUGACAUUCCACCUCAGCCACUGGAUCCGAAUCGAAAUGAGGCUGACUUCUUCCACCCGCCGCUCACAUCACAUGACUUUUCUCCCAAGAAUCACCAUAAGCCGUCGUCCAACGGCUCAGACCAGCAGAUGCGAGAAGCGAUUGCUUUCCACAAAUUGCCAACUGACGUGAUAGAAAGAAUAUUGUGGAUGGUCGAGGCCAAUACUUUCGCGUCUUUGGCCAUCUUGAACCAGGCUUGGUACAAAGCAGCUCAGAACAGGGAACUCUACGCACACCAUCUAUCCCGUUGUCCGUCGUACGCUUUGUCCAACACCGUCAUAACUGGUCCGUUUCGGAAGAAUGACUUGUAUCGACUGAAGACGAAAUUUGCAGCCGAAGUUCGUCGGAAUCUCUUCGAAGCAUACCUACGACCUCGACAGACUUUGAUUAAUCUGAUCUCGGUCAGCGCGAGCUCUUCCGCUGCGUUACCUGGCGCCGAAGCUUUUCGCUUUGCCUUUUCCCCCAAUGGCCAAUGCAUACUCGCACUGAGCUCUUCGAGGAUAUAUGUUAUCGAUGCAAUCACGGAGCCUGUCUCUGUCACCCACGAAUUGAAGACGCUACGACGACCUCUAGCAGCUUCAGUGACUGACGAUGGAACGACACUUGCGGUUCUGUCAUCCAAACAUCAGGCUAACAUAUACAACUUGAGCUCAGAGGGCGUACAACAUGUGCAAGUGAUAGUGAUGGACAAUCCACCACGGACAAUCGCGUUAGCUCCACAAGGCACGGUGUUGGCAGCGGCUUAUGACGGUGGAGUCGAAGUGUUCUCACUGGCUCCUACUGCUCUGUCAACGGAUCGAAGAGCUGUCAGGAGUGAAGGGGUGGAUACCUUGAGUUUUUCCGGUGAUGGGUCGAUGCUUUAUGGCAGUACGCAAAGCUUGGAAGAACCUUCGGCAGUAGUCAUCACAGCACCCUUCUACACGGAGAACGAUCUACCACCGAAGGAGGUUCACAGUCGGAUGUGGACCACUCAAAUACUGUUUCCCCAGCUGAGUAGCGUGUGCAGUCAUGCCGAACUGAUGCAAGGCCAUACGGAAGGCGACGCGAGCUGGCUUUUUGCUUACGACCAUUCAUUGAUGUCCUAUCGAGCAGUCAGAACCGACGACACGCGCACGGGCGUGGCUUAUUUUCUGAAUCCGACAACAAAUCGCCGCUUCAGCAUACCUGCGCCUUCAACGGCCCCAACUGCCACAGCAUGCGGCACUCUAGUCGUGGCCGGCUUCAGUGGGGCUGGUCUUUGGAUAUAUGGAGUGCCAGAGAGGUUGGAUGUCAGCCCAGACAUGGGAUCAGUUGUAGAACGACACGAACAGCGCCUGCAAGGCCAAGUUGCCUUGACUUCUGCUACUGGACACCUUGAACCGCUAAUGGCGUAUUCACCUUCAGUAUCUGGAAGCAGCGAGGAAAUCGAAGAAGACUCUUUGGCGGCAAAAGUUGACUGGCGCGAGAGUCUUUUCGUCAAAUGCGCCCAAAUAAGGUCCCUCGAUGGCUGCACGGCAGCCAAAUGGGUUGAACGAUGUGAAGUUCGAGAAUGUGCUUUCCCUGGCAAAAGACUGGUAGCAGUGGCACCUGGGGGAGUUGAUCAAUUUGUGGAGGAACUCGGAGACGAAACCAUGCCUGUGGAUGGAUCUCGAGUAUCGAUACUUGACUUCGAGUAUGGACCAUCUUCUGGCCAGGAUCGGGAAAUUACUAUCGAAGUCGGCGAGAAAGAGCCGGCGUUACUGACUGAGCAGAUUGGGGAUAUGGAUAUUGAGGUGGCUAUCGAGAGGCGUCGCAGCGUGCGGGACCGUGGAAGAGGGACGGUGAGGAUGCCUCUUGGGCGAUCUGUAACGACAGUGUCCGCCAAUCAGUCCUGGAAUCAGCGUCGAACCAACAACGCCUCAUCCCCGGCAUCGUCACCUCUUGACGUGGAUGCACAAAUGGAUUUGGCCAACGCUUCUUCUCGCGCUCCGAAACAACCACCGAGCAAUCUACACAGGUCGAUGACUGCAGCGGGAUUUGCUGCGGCACGCUAUCCACCACGCCCGCCGCUUGCAUUUCAAGACAACGGCCAGCUGGUCUAUCACAGAUCGCCUGUGCAGCAGUGGCAGUCUGGAGAAGGAUGGGAAACACCGCCCCCGCCCUAUUCAGGCGGUUUUCCUAGUCCGGUCCCCCUAGGACCGUCUCUGGGCCCCCCUCUCGCGCAGCCUCGCCCUAAUAGGAGCCCUGGCCAGCCGCCGAUGCCUCUAGCGGGGAUUCCCGAGAACAAUCAUAUACCUCAACACAGUCAGGCAUUUAUAUAUCAGCCAGGCUAUGGCCAAGGACCCAUUUCAAGCAGCCAUCAGGCACGUUUUAGUGACCAGCCUCACCAGAUAUCGCAUUCUACUCACAUGAGCGCACGAGAAAACACCGCAACUCCGGCUGCCUCUGGUAUUCCAAGGUCUAUGCCUUCAGGAUAUUUGGCUGUGCAGCCACCUAAUUCGGACCAACAUACUUCAACAAAUCAAGCCAGAACAUCUCCACCACAUCAAGCAUUCGCCUCCACGAUCUCUGCAGAGUCCUCAUCACGGCCAGUGUCUCAAUCUGACAGAUCAUCUCCUCAUUAUACACCUGAACGGGAACGUGUGCCGGCCUUGAAUAUCUCUGAGCCAGAGCCUGCUCCGUUCGAGGCAAUGGCUGUUCUACAUCACUCACAAAGACCAUCGGACUCUGGUUCAUUCGCACUGACUGGUGCUAAUCAUCAAGGUCGUUUGAAUCACACCAUCCCUCCAACUCCGACAACGCUCGACCAAACGCGCAACUCACAGUAUGUUGUCACUGGGCCACCUCCACCUCCAAAGGCAGAACCGGCUCCUGUCUCGAGCCCUGCCUCCGGGUAUAUCGUCGCGCUCCCUACAGCAGAUCAAAUGGCCAACCUGGAUCGGCGAAUUUCGCAGACUGCGAGAAAGCCAGUGCCGUCGACAAACGGUGCCGCACUCCAAAAUCAUAGCACGGCAACAAUGGACUUCAGUCGUCCACUAGGUGUCUCCCCUUCCCCGCCGAGAGGAGCGUGGGGAGCUGCUGGCGUCGCAAAUGCGCCGUCUUUCAACAAAGCCAGCGCAACACCCAACGGUCUGGUUCGAAACAACUCCCGUGGCAGUGGUCGAGACGUAGCCAUGUCGUCCUCGACACCAAAUUUGUUGGCUUCAUAUCCGCAACGACCUGCAAUGAGCAGCAGGCUCCAUACAAUCGAAAGCGUAUCGACUGCAUACGGACCUGGAGAACCAGGGUCAAGGUCACACAGUAUUUCGGGACAAAUGGUCUUGCCCGAUCAGAUGGUAUUGGGCAGUUCAUUCGCACAAGGUAUCUCGGCGUAUCAGGAGAUGCGGUCUGAGAGGGGCGAUGGCUCCAACACGUCUCGACUGAGUCGUGCGCGGACGAGGAAGAGCAAAAACAAGAAGGGCGAGAGCUUGCCGGAUCAUCGAAGAUCACAAACAGUACCUGCAGACAGCCCUAGUAUAGGCAGGAAGGAGAAAGGGAGUCGUUGUGUUGUCAUGUAG